AUGGAAUUCCCUCAUAUAGGAAAGAACUGCUGCUAUAAAUCCUGUAACAAACUGGAUUUCCUACCUAUGAAAUGUGAUGCUUGUAAAGAAGUAUACUGUUCUGAUCACUUUGCAUACAUAAAACAUGAAUGCCCUGCACCAAAUAGUCGUGAUGUGCAAGUACCACAAUGCCCACUCUGUGGAGCUCUAGUACCUGGAAAAAGAGGAGAGCCACCAGAUGUUGCAGUGGGGGCUCAUAUUGACAAUCAGUGCACAUCGGACCCAGCAAGAGAAAGGCGAAAAAAGGUAUUUACAAACAAAUGCUCAUACAAAGGAUGCAAAACGAAAGAGAUGGUGCCCCUAGUGUGUGUGGAAUGUUCGCUUAAUUACUGUUUAAGACAUAGACAUACUGCUGAUCAUGCAUGUGAAGGAAAACUAGCUGCGAAACGAAGAAGAGCUGCAGAGGCAGCUUUGGCGCGCAUGAAAGCAAAUGACCACAAAAUAGCAAAUGUUCGCCAAAUACCAUCAGGAGUCACCACUUCUGAUAUACAAGGGAAUAUGACUGAAGAUGAAGCUCUAGCACAUGCAUUAGCUUUAUCGUUGCAAGAUGAUACACAAAGCAUGGGAAAUAUUCGGACUCGAGUGGGCGGUGAGCCUAACUCUAGAUGUACUGUUUCAUAA